AUGACCGACCGUGCCCCUUCUACUAUUCACAACCUCCGACAUCCCAAAUCUACCAACGUCAAACAUCCUCUACCUCCUCCUCCGAUCACUGGUGGAUAUUCACAGCCCUUUAAUGGCAAUCACUGUCAGGUAAUCAGUUUACAAGAACGAGAGUGUACAGAUAAUCCUUCAGACAAUGUUAUCCCUCAAAAGAGGAAUAGUACAGGUGUAACAUUACCACAAGGGAAGAAGGGAAACAAAUUAUCUGUAACUGUAUCUGUGUCUGUCUCCAAUCCCGCAAGACCAAUACCAUCAACCGGUAAGCGUAGCGGAGCUAGAAAGAUGACCGAUAACGGAGAUAAGGUCCCUCGACCGGAUACAGCCUCUAAAGGGUCUGUAAUGAGGUUAAAAACGAAGAAGUCAUCAGAUUCGAUGCCUGGUCCUGCUACUACCUCUACCCGGAAACACACAUCGCUCGAUCCCUCGCCAAGCACUAGUGCUCCCAAACCUACCAGUUGUAGAAUGGGUGAUGCCUCUCCUUGUGAACCAGCGUCAGAUCACCCAAAUGUCGAGAAACAACCUGUCUCGAAAUCUCAGAUCUCUCGCCCGUCGAGAAUCAUUUCCGAUUCACAACCCUCCCAUACCUUCGAUGGUCAACAUCCAACUAUCUCACCUUCUUGUCUACCUACUCAACCUUAUGCUCUUCCCGCUCAAUUCGCUUCCAGCCCAAAACAAGUCAUCGAUCCCCCUCGAUCGGCAGGAUUAGGGCCUGCGAAGAUAAUCCUCAAGAUCCCACCAACUGUGUUUCCCUCUUCUCAGCGAGAAUCACUCGAGAGACCGCCGCAGAUUCAGACCACUCCCAACGCACGAAAGCGAAAGCUGGACAGUCCCAAUCCAACCCCCGACAGAUCGUCUCGACGCCCCCUUUCUACUCAUUCUGGUUCCAACCCGGAUCACCUAACAUCUUCUCGAUCCGCGAAGGUGAACCCUUCAACGACAGCUCCGAUCGUGCCGACGUCAUUGCCUACUGGGAAAGUAGUCGCUAAAUCGUCGCAGACUAAGGAGAUUGAUACCUCACGAAAAAGAAGAUUGGACACCGGCACAUUGUCUCAGGAUAAAUCGUCAAAACACUCUAUCCCUGCUAAACCCGCCUCCCACCUCAGACAAGUGGUCGCUUCUUCUCAGUCGGCCGGGACCACAACUACAUCCUUACCAGUCCCAUGUAUAUUGCCCCCUGUUGAAAAAAUCCUUAUCAAAUCGCCUCAAACCCAGGCCAAGACUAGUACCAAAGCACGAAAGAGAAAGUUGGAUAUCAGUAAAUCACCACAGGAUGGAUUGUUCAAACGUCCCAAACUUGGAGUUGGACUCGCCGAACACACCAGGCCUCGAAUGACAACGGACGUCAUCGAUUUGACCAAUAUCGAUGAUGACGAUGUUGGAGAUGGGAAUGUAGAUAUGCAAGAUGCCGAUCAUCGCUCGCCGCCAACAAAGGUGAAAACCGAACGCGUAUCACCUCGCACUCAUUCUCGAAGAUCAAAGCACCAGCAACGAUCGAACAUUCAAACCUCUCUUGAUGAUCUUAUGGUGGAUGCAGUUGGUGUAAACCCUCAAGAUGAUGUACGUCAAUCACCUCCUCAUAUUUCCAUACAACAGAUCGACUUCACUCAACCUCUUAAUUCAGAUGAAAUUUGGAAAAUCGCCAGUAAUACCCAUGACAGACUCUGGUCAUUGUGUUCAAAGAAGCUGGUGGUUUCCGGUGAAGAAUUCGUGGGUUCUUCCGAAUGGAAGCGAAAAUUGAAGAAUAUAAAGCAAAGUCAGGUAAGAGAGAAUGAUCGGAAGAAGAUGCCAACGAGAAGCAUCAAGCAAAGUCUUCCAUUCCUACCUCGCAAUUUGAGGGCUGGUGUUACUCACUUAUCAAAACUCAAAUUUCCAUAUCUCAAAAAUAGAAAUCCUGCUAGAAUCAUUGCACCGAAGUGCUUUCAACGGUUCUGGGACGAAUGGGACAAUAGGGAGAGCAACGUGCAAACAUGCCGAGGAACACGCAUACUGGUGGUCAAACUUGGCCGAUUUGAAUUUGACAAUGCGUCCAUACCCGCUGUGAGCGCACCAAAACCUGAUUCUGUGACGAUCUCAUUCUAUCGUGUUGGUACUACAGAACCAUUGUUCAGAAAGAAUUUCCAAUUGAAAGAUUUCGAGUUCCAACCAACCGGAAUGAACAUCUAUGCCCCAUAUCCAAUAGAUUACUCGCGAUCGUCGGAAAACUUCUCCCAUCUGUCCAUGCGCGCAACUUUCCAUUCGGGCAAUCGUCUUUGGUAUAUUCCUUUUCUUUCGGAAAGGACUGCCCAUAUUGGACCUGAUGGCAAAUUCGCUACGAGAUGUGAACCUUUCACUUUACGCACUGCCGCCAGAUCUCAUCCAUCAAUCUUGCGGUUGCUGCCACCUCCCAUAUGGGCUGUCGAUCCAGCAACUCCUCUUCGGCCGUUACCCAGGAAGAUAAUCGAUAAACCUUCAUCUUCCGAUCACACCCAAGUCAGGUUCACAGAUAGUGCGGAUAAAUUGAAUCAAUGUGUUUGUGGUUUAGAUGAUGGGAUAAUAAACAGAUUUGGGAAUGAGGAGGAAGUGGCGACGUAUCUUGCUGUGAUUCAUAGAGGUAGUUUUCAGAUUAGAAGCAAACGGGAAGAAACUGAUGGACGUAAACUUGCUCAUAUCGAAUUAUUCGAGAUUGGUCUUGCGACUGAGGAACAACUUAUGGGGGAUGAGGAUGCUGUACGCAGACAAGGAGUCACUAAUGAAGAUCUUGAUGGAAGGUUCUCCACCUCGAACCUGGUGCAAGAACCCUUGAUGGAGAUAGAAAAUCCCACCGCGGCUCGUGGCUCGUCAUUGUCCAACCCCGCACCACCUCGAAAUGUCUCGAAAGUCUCCGAUUACGAUGUCCCUACGGAUGAUCUAUCAUCAGAACAGCGAGCCAUACCCAAUGCCCUUACCAUCAAACAGACCGAGGUCGAUAAUACCUCGUCUGAGUCUAGAGCUGCUACUGAAGUACUAAAAGAAAGCUCUGCACCGGUAAUCACAGUGAGGAACCUUGGACCAUUAUCAAUCUCAAUCACGGAUGUUGGGAAGGCUACGAAUAACAAUGAUACCAUUGGUACCAUCGAGAACAUAUCUCAAGUCAAUAAAAUUAUCGUUGAAUCCCUCAAUGAUACCCUUUCGAUAGUUCCCGAUAUAAAGGAUGAUGCUCAGAUAACGAAACCUACUUCGAAUGGAUUAGCUGGACCGUACAUGUCUGAUCGGACGAAUGGAUUUACAGACUGGUCAACUCGGAUCGACCCAGGUACGUUGGCGGACCUGUUUCCUGCGCUGGACGAAGUCUGGGAUGGAGGGAAAAUUAGACAUUUGAUAAGGGAUCAUGAGGAGGCGGUGAUAUGGACUAGGUAUCAUCUUACGGAAGGUCAAAGGUUCUUGACUUGUUGUUGGAAUCGAUGGGUAUAUGAGAAUGGACCGAUACCAAUUGCAAACAGAUUGAAAUACUAUCUAUCAUUUAUCGAAGCUUAUGGGCAGAUUAUGAUUAGAGCGGGAAUGACCAGAGAGAUAGGUGAUCUUUUACAGAUUCAUUGGAGAGAUAAAUAUAUAUCUUUGAAGGAAAUGGGAGAAGUACUGAGAGUUUGGAAUGAGAUUUCAAGAUUUCAUGAAAAGUUGAAAAACUUAAGACAGAAUAAACAGAAAGAGAAAGGACCGAGGUCAAUCACACGGAAUUAA